AUGUCGACUCAUGAUGGAUAUUACCAACAAGUCGAUGGAUUGGCAAUGGGGAGCCCACCAGCUCCAAUGCUUGCUAAUGGUUGGCUCAGUAAAUUUGACGAUAUUAUCAAGGGAGAUGCAGAUUUAUUCGCGAGAUAUAUGGACGAUAUUAUCAGAAAUAUCAACAAAGAUAAGAUCCAGGAAAAGUUGAAUGAGAUUAAUAAUAUUCACCCAUCACUAAAGUUUACUAUCGAGCGUGAAAACAAUGGAGAAAUUGCAUUUCUAGACAUGUCUAUAAAAAGAACACACGGAAACUUUGUCUCAAAGUGGUAUACAAAACCAACUAACACUGGUUUAACACUAAAUUUCCACGCCCUUGCACCAAAACAAUCCAAGAGAUCGGUUGUGUCUGGACUUUAUCGUGGUAAAGUUUCGGAUAAUUUCAAACGAACGCUUAACAACAUCAAAGCUCCGUGCAGAAUUAUAUUCACGCUAAAUAAACUGAAAAGCUGUCUACCAUCACUAAAGCCAACAGUCGAAAAAUCUUUGAAAAGUGGCGUAGUAUAUAAAUUUUCAUGUCCAAGAUGUUCGUCUUGCUAUGUCGGUCAAACAAGCCGUCAUUUGAUAUGUCGUUUCAAAGAACAUCGACGAAAUGGCCCGGUUGCGGAUCAUUGGAAAGAAUGCGAACGUGAAUUGUCGAUUGAUGACGUAACGAUCUUGUGCUCAAACUCAAAAUCAACGUAUCAUUUAAUGACUUUAGAGGCUCUUUUCAUCAAUCAAUUGAAACCAUCUUUGAAUACAAAGGAUGAAUAUAGAUUCAGGCCGCUGCUUUUUUCUGAUUUGUGUACAGUGUAUGAUGCUAUGUAUGAUAUACCUGAAGAUGGAAUAAGUUUCCGAAAUAUAUUGUUUAAUAAAUAUAAUCAUUCAUCUGGACCUCUAUAUGUUUUAGUUGUUUGCUAUAUUUGUCAUCAUAUCUACAUACUACCUUUCUUUAUGUUGAAUAAAGCCAUUGUUUUGGUUCAUUACUGUUAUCACUUUCAUGACACUACCUUAUAUCCAUAUUCACAAUCUACAUCCUUCUGGUAUGCCUCAGUAUAUGAUUUCUUAUUUUCUGGUGCGCAUCCAUGGAUCUUCUCCGAAAUGGCUUCAAAAUCUCAUAUAUUACAAAUGGUGCUUCUAAUUGUUUAUGAUAGUUUGAGAAUUUUAAUAUGGUAA